AUAAAAUUUUAAAUUUCCUCGAGAAUGGAUUUGAAAAAUUAAUUAAUUGGUUUUUCAAAAAAAUAAAAUGGAACAGAUGUGUGAGUGACGGAUUUAGGAGUUGAAAAUCGGAAUAAUUGAUUGUCUAGUAAAUAUUGUUGUUUUACCUGGACAGAAGUAAGAGAAACGUGUAGAGACAUCAUUAGGGUGGGCAAGAAAAAACAUAGAGAGCACUUUUCUAUGUUUGCUUGGGGUUUAUAAUUUUUUGUAAAUAAAAAAUGCAUCAAUCGGUGAUUAAAGUUUUAACUUAGAAAAAUAAAAUUUAACUUUCGAAAUUUCCUAAUCAAACUCUUUAAUGAGAGACCAUGAAGUGAAUAAAAUGAAAUCGAGUAAUUUUGAGUUAGUGACCAAGACAUCAGCCGCUGAUAGAAUGUUAAUUCCUCGAUCAUCGAAAAUUAUUCCAUCCUCUAAUGAAGAUAAUGAAGGAUUUGAAGGAGAAGAAUCAAAUUUGUCCGUUAUUCAUUCUUCAAGAUUAUUUAAAAGUGAUUCACUACUUGAACGAUUUUUAAAAGAAACCGGAAAAAUGGAAAACUCUACUGAACCGGCGAGUCCAGUUGUCAAUAAUCAGAGAAAAAUUUUCAAUUCCGACAGUUUCAUUGUAGCAAUCAGACCAAUAAUUGUAUUAGCCCAGUGUUUCGCAUUACUUCCUGUGGAUGGUACAAAUACCACUGAUGCCCGUGAAAUAAAAUUCACGUGGAAGAGUCUCAAGGUUUUUUAUUGUUUUGUUGCCACAAUGGGAACGGCAGUUUUAACAGGUUUCAGUAUCCAUGGCGUGGCGACGAGUACAAUAACAUCUAAAAAAACAACAAAUGUGGUAUUUUUCGCGACAACGGGUGUGACCACUUUGCUUCUAUUAAAAUUGGCACGCAAAUGGCCGGAAUUUUCGGUAACAUGGCAAAAUAUGGAGCAGGAAUUGUCGACGAGACGAAAUCGACGAAUUUCAAAAUAUAGUCUCGCUGCUAAAUUUAAAAUCAUAACAUUAAUAAUAAUGAUGCUGGCAGCAUUAGAACACACGCUGUCAAUUCUCUCAGGAUAUGUGAGUGCCGUUGAAUGUACGUCUCUGAAAAAUGAUACUGAUAUCCUAAUCGCGUACUUCACAUAUCAUUAUCCUCAGAUUUUAAAAUCGUCGACAUUCACAAUUUGGCAAGGAAUUCUAGUUCAAUUUGUGAACAUACUCAGCACAUUUUCUUGGAAUUUCAUAGAUUUGUUUUUAAUACUCAUCAGUAUUGCUGCUACGGAUCAAUUUCGUCACUUGAAUAGUCGACUCUACGCCAUCAGAGGAAAGCACUGUUUCGUUGUGAAGGCGAUGCCAGAAUGGUGGUGGGCUGAAGCAAGAAUGGAUUUCAAUCGUCUUUCAACAAUGACAAGAUACAUUGACUCUCACAUCUCGGAUAUCGUUCUAUUGUCCUUCUCAACAAAUCUCUAUUUUAUCUGCAUUCAACUUCUUCAUUCCUUCAACUUUCUCGAAUGGCAGGUUUUCUCGAGUCCAAUGAGAAAUGCUGUGCAGACAACGUACUUUUGUUUUUCCUUUGGAUUCCUUUUGGUGAGAACUGCUGCAGUUUCUCUAUUUGCUGCAGGAGUGCAUGAUGAAUCCGUGCUUGCGGCUCCGGUUUUAUACAGCGUCUCCACCUCCAAUUAUUCCCCAGAGGUUGAUAGAUUUUUAACCCAAGUCACUACUGAUAGUAUCAGUUUCACAGGAAUGAAGUUCUUUUCCAUCACUCGGGGUCUUGUUCUGACGGUAGCGGGAACAAUAGUCACUUACGAACUCGUCCUCGUUCAGUUCAAUUCGGUUCAACAGAAUGAACCCUCAAACGAAGGAAAAAUUUUGAAUGACUGAAAAUAAAAAUUAAUUUUUAACUAAGAAACUUAAUAAAUUAAGAAAGAAAAUAAAUGAUCGAAGUAAAAGUGGAAGAAAAAAACAAUAGUUCAAAAAUUCUUUUUAGGACAAUAAAAAUUUUGUCUGUAAAAUUUAAUUUAGAAAUGAUUUAAUUAGAAAAUGAUUUAAAUAAAAAAUAAUUUAGAAAAUAAA